GCUUGACAGUACUCCGUUGUCCGUUCAUAUGGUUAUAAAUUUGAACUCCGGGAGAAACGGGUCAGGUGCGGGUACUCUGGAGCCCUAAUUGAUUUGGGUUUGGAUUUGGAUCCAGAGGUUAGGGAAUUUUGCUUUCAUCUUGAAAAAACCGCACCUUUUGGCAGGGAAGAAAUGGCUACGGGAUUGGCUCGGAGCUGCGUCCAGUCCCUGCUGAAGGUGGUCAACUUGCUCUUAGGGGUGGCUGGGAUCGCCAUGAUCAUGUACUCCCUUUGGAUGUUCCGAGUCUGGGAAAAGCAUAUGCCCGGACGGCGGCCCGGACCCUCCCCUCUUCCCUUUUUCCCACCCGAAGAUGCCCCUAUUCCUUGGUUCAUUUACACCAUUCUUGGUCUGGGUAUCACUCUGUGUUUCAUCACCUGCUCCGGUCAUAUUGCUGCAGAAACUGUGAAUGGCUGCUGUCUGUAUAUCUACAUGGUGUUUGUCUUUCUACUUGUAGCGUUGGAAGCUGCUGUGACUGUAGAUGUUUUCUUAAACAAAAACUGGGAAGAAGACUUUCCGGAUGAUUCAACUGGGAACUUUGAUGUUAUCAAAAAGUUCGUUAAAGAACACUUUGACUUGUGCAAAUGGAUUGGCUUGUCAGUGGUCGCUGUGCAGGCACUGAGCAUUAUACUGUCAAUGAUUCUCAAAGCUUUGAGACCACAUCGCGAGACAUACUAUGACAGUGACGAUGACUACAUUCCCGAUAGAGUUCCUUUGUUGAAAAACUACGUCCCUCAAACUUCAUAUGUUGUUGGCAACCCUGUACAUGGACCCAAUGCCGAUACUUGGAAUAUCCGGAAAUAAUGGUUUCUACUUUGCCCUUCUGUUUCAUGCCAAUGAGCUUAGCCGUUCGGCUGUCUACUUCUCUCUUAUCUUGCCCAUGCUUUGGUAUUUUCUAGGCAAGCGGACGAGUGGAAAAUGUUCUUUACAUUACAGAAUCUAUGGAGGGGCAAUUAAGUGAGUGCAGAUGAUUGAACAUGGUGUGAUCAGGCAUUUGGCUCGCUUUCAUUGGGUCGGGGUGUAGGAUUGAUUUAUCUGAUAAUGUGUGUGUGUGUGUGUGUCUAUAUAUAUAUAUAGUGUAACACUAUGGUAAUCUUGACUGCAAACUGCUACUUCUUGAUCUGCAAAAUUUAGUAUGGUGUGAACAUUAUAUUCAAUCUUUGUUGUCAUUAUUCUUGAUGGGGUUGCCCUUAUGCUUUUAUUCUU